AUGAAUGUCUUAACGUUGUUUGGCAGCUUUUUCAUAACGCUUUUUUCCUUCAUACUUGCUAUUCUCGUAUGUUUUGGAUCGACCACUAACGACUCACCGCUGAAUCGGAUCUAUGCGGCGCAGCUUGACAUUUCGAAUAUCAACUUUUCUACAUUGCUUAAUAUAGACAUUCCAAAGUCGGGGAUUCCAUCGCUAGAUAACUUGGACGUUCCAUCGUACUUCAAUUUGGGCAUAUGGUCUUACUGCAUGGCUAAUUCGGAGAAGAAGAUAUACCAAUGCACCAAGCCCGCAGGUAUCAGGGAUUUUAAUUUGCAACGUUUGUUGGAAGACAAUUUCGAUAACAACGAGGUAACACAGUUGGUUGGGAGUAUCAUUCAGAUGGCGAUUCCAAAGGACCUAAAAGACGACAUGGAUUUGUAUAACUCGCUGAUGAGGUGUAUGGCCGUCACACUAGUCAUCGGAAUAGCGUUGAUGGGAUUAGCCGUAAUAGUCAAUGUCAUACGGUGGCUGGUGCAUCGUCCCUUCAUAAACCUCGUUGGUAGAGUGUUGGCCUUGUUGAGUUUCCUAUCUAUGGGAAUAUCUGCCGGCACGAGCACAGGUACAUACGUCCUUAUCAAGAAUAUCUUGAAAGAUAACUAUAAAGAGUACGGAAUUAAACUGACCCUUGGGAGAAACUUUUACGCAUUGUUGUGGGCCAGCGUUGUGGGUUGUCUUGCCAACUUCGUAUUCUGGAUCUUCACAAGGCAAAAUAACAACAGGCCGUUCCUCAUGCGCCAAUUGCCUACAGCGCCAAUCGUGGAAGAAAAGUAUUGA